AUGAGGUCCAACAGUGUGAAGUUCGCGCUCUUGCUCUCCGUUCUGUGGGGUACGACUUACUCCAGCACCAGCGUGGUUGAGCGUCAAGAAGUCCCCAAUGUAUUGGUCACUAUUCAGGGUCUUGGAACAGUUCGUGGUUCUACCGAUUGGACUGCUCGCACUAAUCAAUCGAUUUCGAGCUUCUAUAACAUCCCGUACGCUGAACCACCGACCGGCGCUCGGCGGUUCAAAGCUCCUGUCAAGGUUGCUGCGUGGACUACGGAACGAGAUGUUACUCAACCCGGUCGAGAAUGUCCCCAACCGGUUGAAGGACUUAAUCAGGACAAUGAAGAUUGUUUAACUCUAUCGGUGUUUACGAAAAAUACGGAAGGUAAUUAUCCGGUGAUGGUUUACAUUCACGGUGGUUCUUUCUACACGGGAUCGGCCGCCAAACACCCGCCAAAUUAUCUGCUGGAACGGGAUGUUCUCCUAGUAGCGAUUCAGUACCGUCUUGGUGCCCUCGGUUUCCUCUCGACGUUGAGUAAUACCAUACUGGGAAAUGCUGCGAUGUUGGAUGUGAUUAUGGCUCUACAAUGGGUACAUGACCAUAUCGCGGAUUUCGGUGGAAACCCACAGAACGUUACUGUAUUUGGACAAUCCGCUGGGGCAGCCGCAGUCUCCGCACUCUUGUACAGUCCGCUAGUUCCGCAGAAUCUCUUCAACAAGGUCAUUGUGCAAUCAGGUGGAUCUAUUUCUACUUGGGCAGUUGAUUCCAACCCGAAAGAAAAUGCUCAAGAUAUUGCCAAACAUGCCGGUUGCAUGGAGGAACUUUCACUCGAAGGAACCGAACAGUGUCUGAUGAUGGUUCCCACUAAGCAACUUGUUAACGCUUUACUGAUACAUCGAGCCAACAUAUUCGCCGCUGGCAAAGAACACAUCAGUGGUUUUGGUAUGGUGGUAGGAGGGCCAUCAAACUUUCUCACCAAAAAACCAUUCGAAAGUGUUCGCCAAGGUGAAACUCGCAAAGAUGUUCGAAUGAUGGCUGGAGUCACCAAACAGGAUGGAUCAUUUCUUCUCGGCGAAGUGUACGAUUACUUAUUAGCUAGUCAGCUAGUGAAUGACUCCAAAUUCCUCCAAUACGACCUGGUGGAUACUUUGAAUCGUCUCCUAGGCUUGGAGGAGGAAACAGGAGCACUAACGGCGUUCGAAAUCGAUGCGCUUUUCGGUUCGGAAGAUCUCCAGAGUGCCAAUUUCUCUGUGAUGGCUAAAGGAUUGAUUGAUAUUUCUGGAGCGAUCAUCGUGAAAGGACCGGUUCUCAGGGAUGUUCAGGCGAACGUGAAGUACAGUGACAUGGAAACAUAUUUGUACACUUUUGAUUACGAUGGAGAACACACUAAAUUUGGAUAUGGAGUGAACAUUUCGCAUUAUCCAUACGAAGGAGGAAUUUAUCACUCGGAUGAGAAUAUUUAUCUAUUUCCACAUCCGGCUGAGAUGACCGAGCUUAACGCUGCGGAUACUCGAAUGUCGGAAACCAUGGUUGAUUUGUGGACGUCAUUUGCGAUCGAUGGGGUCCCGCAGUCUGCUAAUGUUCAGGAGUGGCCUUCAGUGGAUAGUUUAUUCGGACCGUAUCUGCACAUCGAUUCACCGACGAGUGUUGGUGAUAAUUUUUAUCGUGAAUUUUCUGCAACCGCCAGGGAUAAUCCGAGUGCAGCUAAUGCAAACAUUGUCACGGCUUCCUUACUAAUCGUUACCAGUUUUGCAGCUUUUUUCGGAUGGAUUUGAAUGCGUUCCCGAACAUAGGAUAAACAUCGGUCAGCUCAAAGUACAA